GGAGGGUCCCCACCACGGAACUGCCACCUGUCUCGUCUGUGGGCUGAGCUAUUGUCUCCCCGCUUCCUUCUUGAGUGGGUGGGAGCGACUCGGCACUGCUGGUGGAGGGGCCCGGCAGAGCUGCGCUGACAGCCGGCUGUGUGCUUCUCUUCCAGCCCCGGAGGAGAAGGACGUGAUUAGAGGGCAGUAUGGGAAGCUCACGGAUGCCUAUGGCUGCCUGGGCCAGCUCACGCUGAAGACCGGGGGCGCCUCCCUGAGCUUCCUGGUUCUGGUGACCGGCUGCACCUCGGUGGGCAGAAUUCCAGAGGCCGAAAUCUACAAAAUCACGGCCACCGAUUUCUACCCGCUGGAGGAAGACGCCAAGGAGGAGGUCCGGCUCUCGGCCCUGAGGAAGACCCUCAGCUCGGGCGUCUUCUAUUUCGCCUGCCCCAACGAAGGCUCCAGCUUCGACCUGACCGUGCGCGCGCAGAAGCAGGGUGAUGACCGCUGUGAGUGCGGCAGUGCCUUCUUCUGGAACCAGCUGCUGCACUGGCCCCUGAAGCACCACCAGGUGAGCUGCUCCGACUGGCUGCUGAAGGUGAUCUGCGGCGUGGUGGCCGUCCGCACCGUGUACGCCGCGCACAAGCAGGCCAAGGCGUGCCUCAUCUCCCGCAUCAGCUGCGAGCGCGCCGGGGUCCACUUCCACACCCGUGGCGUAGACGAUGACGGCCACGUGUCCAACUUCGUGGAGACGGAGCAGACGAUUUACAUGGAUGAUGGAGUGUCGUCUUUUGUCCAGAUCAGAGGCUCCGUCCCGCUGUUUUGGGAGCAGCCAGGCCUGCAGGUUGGCUCCCACCAUCUGAGACUCAACAGAGGCCUGGAAGCCAACGCCCCCGCAUUUGACCGGCACAUGGUUCUUCUGAAAGAGCAGUACGGGAAGCAGGUGGUCGUGAACUUGCUGGGGAGUCGCGGUGGCGAGGACGUCCUCAACAGAGCCUUCAAGAAGUUGCUAUGGGCGUCCUGCCACGGCGCCGACACCCCUAUGAUCAAUUUCGACCUCCGCCAGUUUGCCAAAGGGGGGAAGCUGGGCAGGCUGGAGCACCUGCUGAGGCCCCAGUUGAAGCUGCACUGGGAGGAGUUUGAAGUGUUCGCCAGGGGCGAGAAUGUGAGUCCCUGCUUCCAGAAGGGCACCCUGAGAACCAACUGUCUGGACUGCCUGGACCGGACCAACACCGUGCAGUGCUUCAUCGCCCUCGAGGUCCUCCACCUGCAGCUCGAGAGCCUGGGGCUGCAUUCGAAGCCCAUCGUCGACCGCUUUGUGGAGGCCUUCAAAGCCAUGUGGUCCCUGAACGGGCACGGGCUGAGCAGAGUGUUCACGGGCAGCCGGGCCCUGGAAGGAAAGGCGAAGGUGGGGAAGCUGAAAGACGGCGCCCGGUCCAUGUCGCGCACGAUCCAGUCCAACUUCUUGGAGGGGGUGAAGCAGGAGGCUGUCAAGCUUCUGCUGGUGGGGGAUGUCUGCAGCGAGGAGUCGGCCGACAAGGGCCGCGUGCUCAUGGACAACACCGCCCUUCUGGUGACCCCCAGGAUCCUGAAAGCCAUGUGGGAGCGGCAGUCGGAGUUCACAAAUUUCAAGCGGAUCCGUAUCGCCAUGGGGACCUGGAACGUCAAUGGAGGCAAACAGUUCAGGAGCAACCUCCUCGGGACCGCGGAGCUCACCGACUGGCUGCUGGACUCACCCCAGCUGUCCGGAGCAGCCGGGUCUCAGGAUGACGGCAGCCCAGCCGACAUCUUUGCCGUGGGCUUUGAGGAGAUGGUGGAGCUGAGCGCGGGGAACAUCGUCAAUGCCAGCACCACUAACAGGAAGAUGUGGGGGGAGCAGCUGCAGAAGGCCAUCUCGCGGUCGCACAGGUACAUCCUCCUGACGUCGGCACAGCUGGUGGGCGUCUGCCUGUACAUCUUCGUGCGCCCCUACCACGUGCCCUUCAUCAGGGACGUGGCCAUCGACACGGUGAAGACGGGCAUGGGCGGAAAGGCGGGCAACAAGGGCGCCGUGGGCAUCCGCCUGCAGUUCCACAGCACCAGCUUCUGCUUCAUCUGCAGCCACCUGACGGCCGGGCAGUCGCAGGUGAAGGAGAGAAACGAGGACUACAGGGAGAUCACCCAGAAGCUGAGCUUCCCCACGGGAAGAAGCGUGUUUUCUCACGACUACGUGUUUUGGUGUGGCGAUUUCAACUACCGCAUUGAUCUCACCUACGAAGAAGUCUUCUAUUUCGUCAAACGCCGAGACUGGGAGAAGCUUCUGGAAUUUGACCAGUUACAGCUUCAGAAGUCAAGUGGAAAGAUUUUUAAAGACUUUCAUGAAGGAUCCAUUAACUUUGGCCCCACCUACAAGUAUGACGUCGGCUCAGCUGCGUACGACACGAGUGACAAGUGCCGGACGCCAGCCUGGACAGACCGGGUGCUAUGGUGGCGGAGGAAGCACUCCUUUGAUAAGACAGCGGGAGAGCUGAACCUUCUGGACAACGAUCUCAGUGUCGGCACCAGAGUCCAACACACCUGGUCGCCUGGGGUCCUCUUGUACUACGGCCGGGCAGAGUUGCAGGCGUCUGAUCACAGACCUGUGCUGGCCAUUGUGGAGGUAGAGGUACAAGAGGUUGACGUGGACGCCCGGGAGAGAGUGUUCCAGGAGGUCUCCUCAUUCCAGGGACCCCUGGAUGCCACUGUUGUGGUCAAUCUUCAGUCGCCAACGUUGGAGGAGAGAAACGAGUUCCCCGAGGACCUGCGCGCAGAGCUCAUGCAGACCCUGGGGAACUAUGGGACCAUAGUUCUCGUCAGAAUCAACCAAGGGCAGAUGCUGGUGACUUUCGCAGACAGUCACUCGGCUCUCAGUGUCCUGGAUGUGGAUGGCAUGAAGGUGAAAGGCAGAGCAGUGAAGAUCAGACCCAAGACCAAGGACUGGUUGAAAGGCUUACAGGAGGAGCUCAUCCGGAAACGGGAGAGCAUGGGCCCCAUGUCCCCCACAGCCAAUUCCUGCUUGCUGGAGGAGAACUUUGACUUCACGAGUCUGGACUACGAGUCCGAAGGUGAUGUCCUGGAAGACGACGACGAGGACGAUUUGGUGGAUGAGCUCAACCACUUGGUGGUCUCGGACAGCGAGCUGCUGGGAGAGGACCUUCCCGACAUCCCCGGCUCUACAGCAGUGGCACUCCCCAGCAAGUUUCCUGCACUUACCAAAAAGCCACAGCAGCCAACAUACAAAGAUGACGCAGAGCUGGCGGAGUUACAGCAGGAGCUGGAAGCCGUGGGGGACUGUCACCACCGGUCUCCAAACAGGUCUCUGUCGGUCCCCGGUAGGCCUCGGCCACCUCAGAGACCGCCCCCGCCAACUGGGCUGGUGGUAAAGAAGUCGGUUUCAGACAUGUCCAUCUCCUCCGGCACCCACGGCCAGUACUCGAUUCUGCAGACAGCGAAGCUGUUGCCCGGAGCACCUCAGCAACCACCCAAAGCCAGAACCGGAAUCAGCAAGCCCUACAACGUCAAGCAGCUCAAAACCAGCAAUGCCCAGGAGGCCGAGGCUGCCAUCCGGUGCCUCAUGGAAGCCAAAGCAGGGAACCCGGAAGACGGCCUGAAUGCCAUGGCCCUGAGGGACCCAGGGGCCUCCAAACCAGAGCCCCCAGUGGGGGUGGCCAAGCCGGAGUCCCAGCAGGCGCCCCACCUGCUCCCCCGGCGGCCUGCGCCCAGAGUUCCCGCCAUCAAGAAGCCAGCGCUGAGGAGGACAGGCAAACCCCUGUCGCCAGAAGAGCCGUCUGAGGAACAGCUGGCCCAUUUCACUGCAGGGCCCCCAGAGAUGAGCCUUGAAACCCCUCCUCCAGCUCCUCGAGUCCCCCCCACCCCCAAACCCAGGACAUUCCAGCCUGGGCGAGGUGGUGAGAGGAGGCCAGGCACCGGGAAGCCGGCGUCAGAGGAGAUGCCAGGGGCCAGCGCUUCUGGGUCAGCACUGCUGGAGGUCCCGGCUCCCGUGCCCAAGGUCCCCCCGAGAAGGAAGAAGUCAGCUCCAGCUGCUUUCCACCUGCAGGUCCUGCAGACCCACGGCCAGCUUCUCCAGGGCCUGCCCUGUGGCAGCAGCCUAGACAACUGCCCACCCGGUCCCCUGCCGGGUCUGGGCGCCCUCUCUCCGCAGCCAGGCUUUCUUGGCACGCCAUCUGCCUCAAGCCCAGAGCCCGAUGCCACCAAGGCGGUGAAGUUAGAGACAGCCUCCCUUCGGGGUGAUUAUCAGGAUCCCUUCUGGAACCUUCUCCAUCACCCUCAACUGGCGACUUGUGCCUGGCUUUCCAAGAGCUCUGACCCCUUGGAUUCGGGGGCCAGGAGCUUUGAAAGGGCAGCCAUGGGCCCCCCACAAGUCAUCAAGGCAGCAGUGUUGGAGCCAUUGCCAGCAGACCGCGGGCAGCAGGACCUGGGCAACUGGGUGAUGCUUGGUGACGAGGACCAGAGGACGGCCCUGCAGUUGUUUGAUCCGCUGGCAAAAACAUGACUGAGGGGCUCACACAGCCGCCCCUGAGGACCACGUGUCUCCCUCCCCUGCUGGCGUCACCCCCCAGGAAAAGGUCCUCUUCUUUCGAAUCCUCGCUCUGAAGACAUGCGUCAUAAUGGAGUGCUGAGACAGACCUGUGGGUUUCAGCCCCUCUUGGGUAGCGUAGGGAAACGGUGUCUCUAACUCAUUACAAUGAUUAGUCCACCCUCCAAAGUAUGCUUUCCUCAAGCCUCAUACACCUAAGGUUACCUUCGGGGACCUGGGAGCCCCGCUGCUGAGCCCCAGGGUAUGAGCGUUAGUGGAAAGCCAGCGGUCAGGCUCACGAAGAUCUCACCCGCCAGAUUUAAAUGGUUGCUCCGUUAAUGUGUGUGCGCGGUGUGCCUCUAAUUUUUGUUGCUUUGUGUGUGAUGCAUUUGGAAUAGCUUUGUGGUGGCGCCCCUGAAGGCUGAUGCGUGAAGUACAGAUUCAUUACGUGCAAAGAGAGACAGCUGGGACCACCGAGAGCUGCCUGUGGGCCCCUGAGACCAGGCUAACAACCAAAAUGGAAAUUAGAAGCAGAUCUCUCAGAUGAUUGCCAGCCAGUGGGCUCAAGGGUUGAGCCCUGGAGUGUGUAUGUGUUGGCCAUUGGGGGGCAUCGGACAUUGGCUAGGCCUGAAGCAGUGGUCAGUGGCUGAAUCUCAGCUGGAACUGGUGCAAGGCUCCUACACGGCCUGUUCGAUACCACAUGCCCCGUACCCUGCUAAGGAGCCUGGUGGCGUAGUGGGUUGGGAAUUGAGCUGCUAGUUGCAAGGUCAGCGCUUUGAAACCACCAGCCAC